ACGCCUUCUCUCUCUUUACUCAUCUUUUGUUGGGUCCCUCAUUUCUCUCUCUCCAUCUCUCUAUAUCUAACUCGGAGCUCGGUCAAAGCAAAGCGCAGCUCUCAAAACUAAACCAAUCCCUCUUCUCUCUUUUCUGUGUUUUUGUUUCUGUAGUUGCUGUCGCCAUGUCCGAGUCAGAUUCCUUGAACGAUGCCGCUUACUGGUCACCUUAUAAGUUUGAAGAUGUUCUUGUUGUGAAGAAAGGUUAUGUGAAGAGUGAUGAUGAGAUGAAGAAGUCCAGUGAUCUCAGCUUUCCUUCUGAGUUUCCAUACGAGUUUGACUCGCUCGAUUCGGCUCUCUGUUCUCCGGUGGAGUCAGAGAAUGGUUGGACUGAGACAGAAACCACCAGCGACGAGGAGGACUUCCUUACCGGGUUAACUCGCCGUCUUACACAGUCCUCAACUCAGAAAUUCGCUGCCAAUGGUUUUACUAAAGACAAACCUGAGAGCUGGGUUAUGGCCGGGUCACCCGAGUCGUCUUUGAGUGGAAUAGGGAGCUGGUCAGUCUCAAGCGGAGGCAGCCCAAACGGUUCCUCCUCACUUGUAUCUUCUCCUCCGACGACGCCGUUUGGUGAUGAAAACAACACGUGGGACCUUAUCUCUGCUGCCGCAGGCCAAGUUGCGAGGUUGAAGAUGAGCAACGAAGACUUUAAAUGCAACUACAACAACCGCGGCCGAGGCCUUAUUGCUCCUCCCAAGGCCACUACAAGUCCCCUGCAAGUUAUUGAAAAUCCCAAUUUUGGCUUAUAUUCAAGCCAAUAUGUUAAUUUCACCCCCCUUCAAACAAAUCAGUAUCAGAUGUUGAGCCCUCAAAAUGGUGGUUUAAACGGUGUGAAUGUGAUACGGGGACGGCAGCAACAAGUGAGGUUAACUCAGCCACAGCCACAACUGAUCCAGAGUAAAGCCAGAAGUGUUGUUUAUGAAAAUGGGAGAUGUGGGCGUCCUAUUGGGCUAUGUCAAGCUGCCUGGCCGCCUCUGCAGGUUCAGCAACGUCAACAACACUCUGCUUCCGGCAUGAAAGCUGUGUUUUUGGGUGGAUCUGGUGGCGUUAAAAGAGAAUGUGCUGGUACUGGUGUGUUCUUGCCGCGGAGAUUUGGGUCUAACCCUCUUGAUUCUCCCAAAAAACCAAGUUCUACUGUUUUAGUUCCAGCUAAGGUUGUUCAGGCUUUGAAUCAGAGUUUCGAAAACAUGAAUGGGAAUAAUACUCAUGCCCAGCACCGAUUUAAUACAGCUUUUGGUCCACAGUAUGAUGCUUUAAUGGCGAGAAGGACUUUGCUUUUGUCACUUAAAAAGCAACGAAGCUUAAGACCUGAAGCUGCUCCUCCACUAAAUCAUGAAAUACAUCUUCCUCAGGAGUGGACAUAUUGAAAGAAGGAGAUGAACACAUUAGUCUCAGCCAUUUUCAAGCUUAUUUUGUUGGAAAAAGAUUGAAAAAAAAAAAGUAUAAAGGAAGUGAUUUCUGAUAGAAGAAAUAUGGGAUUAUGGUUUUUGUAAGAGAAGAAUUAAGAAUGCGAGUGUAGUCAGUAGAAGAACAAUAAUUAAUAUAAUUGUAUUGCAGGUUUUGUGGAGUAGAUUUAGAUGAGUCAAGAACAAAUUGUAGCAAGGGAAGAGGGUUUUUUCUUCAAUUUUCAGCUGUAAUAAGUGGAUUUCAUCUUCUGGGUUUGAUGUAUUUGGCCUUGAAAUCUCAUCUUUUGGUUGCAGAAAAAGUGGAAUCCACAUCCCUCUUUGUUGUAAUAUCAAUAUUUUAAUAAGAAAUAUUUAUAUUAUUUUGUUUAUCAUAA